AUCCAUUCACAGCGACACAAGCGAACCAAACCAACAAUGGAGAGCACGAGCGCCAGCGCCGGCGCGCACGUGCUCCUCAUGCCGUACCCAGGAGCGCAAGGCCACACCAACCCGCUGCUCGAGUUCGGCCGCCGCCUCGCGUACCACGGCCUCCGCCCCACGCUCGUCUCCACGCGGUACCUGCUCUCCACCAUCCCGCCCCCCGGGGAGCCCAUCAGCGUGGCCGCCAUCUCCGACGGCUUCGACGACGGCGGGGCUGCCUUGUGCCCGGACCUCAAUGAUUACUUGCGCCAGCUCGAGGCCGUCGGCUCCCGGACGCUGGCGGAGCUUCUCCGGUCCGAGGCCGCCGAGGGACGGCCCGUGCGCGUGCUCGUUUACGACCCGCACCUGCCGUGGGCGCGGCGGGUGGCGAAGGCGGCCGGCGUCGCGACGGCGGCGUUCCUAUCGCAACCGUGCUCCGUGGACGUCGUCUACGGGGAGGUGUGGGCGGGGCGGCUGCCGCUGCCGGUGACGGACGGGAGGGAGCUGUUCACGCGCGGCUUGCUAGGUGUCGAGCUCGGGCCUGACGACGUGCCGCCGUUCGCGGCGAGGCCGGACUGGUGCCCGGCGUUCCUUAAGGUCUCCGUGCGGCAGUUCGAGGGGCUGGAGGACGCCGACGACGUGCUCGUGAACUCAUUCCACGACAUGGAACCCAAGGAGGCAGAUUAUAUGGCACUAAAAUGGCGCGCAAAGACAAUAGGCCCAACCUUGCCAUCAUUUUAUCUUGAUGAUGACCGUUUGCCAUUUAACAAGACUUAUGGUUUCAACCUAUUCAGCAGCAGUGUGUCAUGUCUGGCUUGGCUUGACAAGCAGCUCCCGUGCUCUGUAGUCCUUGUAUCAUAUGGGACUGUCUCCGACUAUGAUGAAACACAGUUGGAAGAGCUUGGCAACGGAUUGUGCAAUUCUGGAAAACCAUUCCUUUGGGUUGUGAGGUCAAAUGAAGAACACAAGUUGUCUUGUGAACUCCGUGACAAGUGCAAACAGCAUGGCCUCAUUGUUUCUUGGUGCCCCCAGCUCGAAGUCUUAGAACAUAAAGCCACAGGCUGCUUUUUCACACACUGCGGAUGGAACUCAACACUGGAAGCAAUUGUUAAUGGUGUGCCAAUGGUGGCAAUACCACACUGGGCAGACCAGCCAACCAUAUCAAAAUACAUGGAGAGCGCAUGGGGCUUGGGCGUCCGGGUGCGCAAGGAUGAGAAAGGCUUGCUGAGGAGAGACGAGGUGGAAAGGUGCAUCAAAGAGGUCAUGGAUGGAGAUAGGAAGGAUAAGUACAAGGCGAAUGCCACUAUGUGGAAGCAGAAGGCCAAGAAAGCUAUGCAGAAAGGAGGGAGCUCUGACAAGAAUAUUGCUGAAUUUGCCGCAAAGUAUUCAAGUUACUAAUUGUCAAGAUAUAAUGAUACUGUAUUAAUAGUUCAUAAUUUUGUGGAUGUGUACUGUAUGUUAAUAAUUCUGUCGGUGGAUUGUAAGUGCUACUUGCCUGCAUUAAUUUGCUUGUCAUAUAUACUUGGAAAGUGCUCUGCUCUAUUGGAUCUUCCAGACCUUAAAUAUGUGGAUUAUUCGACAGCCA